AUGGCACUGGCCAUGCCUCCCUGCAAUUGCAUCUCCAGGCCAGGAGCUGAAGAACGGCCUCGAGACAUCGAGACAGUUUUCAUGGAUGAUGUAGACCAUCUCGCGCGUUUCGUUGAUUACCCAGCAUCAGAAAGUGGGCCACUCUUCCGUUCAAUGUUCCCUCGUCCGGACAUCGACUUCUCAGAGCAACAAAAGGCUGAGAUCAUUGAAUGGCACGCCGACGGCAUCAAGGAAGCCAUCACAGGCGGUCGAACGCACCUACGGAAGAUUCGCCACAGUGAUGGAAUCGUUGUUGGCUUGGCCGGAUGGGUUCUGGAACGAUGCCCAAAGGAGCAAGCCACCUCAAACAAAAACAAGACAACCACAGAAAUAGCAAAGGUGGGCGGCAAGCAGAAGUUCAAGAACUGGACUGGCUCCCUGGAGCCCUUGAAAAAAGAGCGGCAAAGGGCCAUUGGGCAUCUGGACAUUGUAUGCCGAAUAACGAUCAUGUCCGUUUGUCCGGAAUACCAACGCCAAGGACUCGGCUCUAUUCUGAUGCAGCACAUAUGUGAAGAUAUGGAUCGUCUUGGACGGCAUGGCUACGUCCUGGCCUCACCAGUUGGUGUGAAAUUGUACUCCAAGUUCGGCUUUGAAGCUGUUGGCCAAGUCGACACGCCUUAUGGUCCUAUAACAAGCAUGCUACGCGGGCGCCAACCACGUCCCUCCUUGCGGGCUUGA